GUCCCUUAGCCAGGCGAUCCGAUUGCGGUCGAUGAGCCGGCGCCAGCGCCCUUUCCCUUGACGGACUGUCCCUCCUCUUCCUCAAAUCCGUCGUCGACGAUUCGCCGACCGGAGCAUUCUCCCAUUGAAACUCCGCCGACUUGAACCCCUGUCGCUGGUCCCUUAUUUCAUGCAUGAGCGUCACCGGCUCCGCGGCGACAUCUCGUUGGAGUUGGGCAAACUAAUCUACCUCCACCGCCUCAACCUCCACAGCAACUUAUUCCGUGGCUCGAUCCCAGAGCAACUCUCUUCAAUGCCUCCGAUCUCCACGACAUAUUCUCUACGGGAACAACCAUGCUGGCGCCCUCCCUUCGUCAAUCUGCAUGCUCUGGAGAAUUCAACCAUUCCAGCAGAAUUGGAAGUGCUCGAUUCUCUCUACUCAAUUCCUCCGAUUGCAAGGGGAUCGAAGGAGGCACCUGGCAAAUGAGGCUCUGCGAGGGUUUGGGUUCCAACGAUUAAUGAAUUAUUGGAAUCAUUUCCAUGUUAAGGUGGAUAAGGAAUAAGCAGGAAGGAUAUGAUGAUGGUAUUCUAGGUUUGGGUUCUUUCGUCUCCCUUCCUUCCCUUUCUUCUCCCUCCGAUGAGCCUCUCUGUCACCGUCCUGAAGUCCGCUCUCUUCCCCUCUCGGCCGCCUCUUGCUCCGGCGCUGCAGCAACAAUUAUCUUUAUAUCUUGGAACCCUUAAAGGUUCGAUUUUGGACACACAGAAGCACGCUGGAAGGUUAUGCCAUUGAAGAGAUCUGAAUCCCUGUGCUCUGCUGUUUGGUCACUGGGAAAGAUUGGAAGAAACAAAAUCUCAUCGCUUUCGUAAUUAGCAUGCGACAUUUCAAAUUGAAAUACGGAUCACCGUAUAAUAAAUAAGAGCCCUGAGG